AUGGCUCGACAUCUUCAUCUCCUCCGGCUUCUCUGCCUCGCCGUCGUCGUGACGGCUGCCCGUGCCAUGUUUCAUUUCAACUUCGGCAACGACCUUGGCCACCCCUUCGGCGGCAGCUCGUAUACCAGGCACGAGAUCUGGCGCCGCGCCGCGCUCGCGAGCAAGGCCAGGGUGGCGAGGCAGACAGCGAGGCUCGGAAAGGUUCUCGGCAAAAGCGGAGACAUCUCUGCGGCCGACGUGACCAUCUCCCCGUACGCCGACCAGGGCCACUGGCUGACCGUGGGCAUCGGCACGCCGCCGCAGCCGAGCAAGCUCAUCAUCGACAUAGGCAGCGGCCUCACCUGGACGCAGUGCAAGCUGUUGAGCCCCAUGGCGAGGCAGCUUGAGCCACUCUACGACCCGGGCAAGUCCUCCUCUUUCUCCCUGCUCCCCUGCAGCAGCAAGCAGUGCCAGGAGGCCGUGUUCACCAACAAGAGCUGUACCAAUAAUAAGUGCCUGUACGAGAACGACUAUGGCAGCAACGUGAAGGCGAGCGGCGUCCUCGCGUCCGAGACCUUCACCUUCGGCGUGCACCGCAAUGUCUCCCUCUCCGCCCUCGCCUUUGGCUGCGGCAAGCUUUCCAGCGGGAGCAUAGCCGGCGCCUCCGGCAUUAUGGGCCUCUCUCCGAGCCCCUUGUCUCUGAUAACGCAGCUGUCCAUACCAAGGUUCUCCUACUGCUUCACUCCUUUCGCCGAACGCAAGACUAGCCCGCUCAUGUUCGGUGCAAAGGCCGACCUGAGCAAGUACAAGACUGCGGGGCCAAUCCAAACUAUCUCCAUACUGAGGAACCCAGUGGAAGACAUCUAUUACUACGUGCCAUUGGUAGGGCUCUCGCUUGGGACCAAGCGGCUUGACGUGCCGGCGGCCAGCCUCGCAUUGAAGCCCGACGGCACCGGCGGCACGGUCGUCGACUCGGGGACCACGAUGGCGAACCUCGUGGAGCCAGCCUUCAAGGAACUGAAGAAGGCCGUGCUGGAAACGGUGAAGCUGCCGGUGGCGAACCGGACCGUCGAGGAGUACCAGCUGUGCUUCGCGUUACCGCGUGGCGUGUCCAUGGACAAGGUGCAGACGCCGCCGCUCCGUCUACACUUCGACGGCGGCGCGGAGAUGGUGCUCCCGCGGGACAACUUCUUCCAGGAGCCAAGUCCGGAGCUGAUGUGCCUGGCAGUGGUCCAGACGCCGGACAGCUUCGCCCCGUCCGUCAUCGGCAACGUCCAGCAGCAGAACAUGCACGUGCUCUACGAUGUGGGCAACAGAAAGUUCUCCUUCGCGCCGACGCAAUGUGACCAGCUCUGAGCUAUGCGCAUCUGCAAACAUACAUUCAUAAUAUAUAUAAUACCGAUUAAUUCCUUUUCAAAGGCUGGGUAGUUGUCAUCAGAGAUAGACAUGGCGAGUUCAAGGCUGGUGCUGCCGGCAAGCUAAUUGCCAUUUGUGUCGGUGCGCGACAAGCGUGUGUAAGCUGAGGCGUUUAUAUCAACUUAUUCCAUAGUUUGAGG